GGAGGAGGGAGGGGAGAGGGAGGAGCUCCGGAGCGAGAGGCCUGCCUGACAAAAGCUCAGUGCGCAGAAGGCUGGUGACCAGGAAGAAGAACCGCGCUUGGGGCUGAGGGAGGAGACGGGCUCUGUGUAUAUACCUGGACGCCGCCGACGCCGCUUCCCCUGCCCGUUCCCCCGCCGGAGGGCUAAGCAAGCCCCUUGCCGAGGCCCUGAUGGCGGCCGAGGGCUAAGACCGCUCUCCCUUCCCAACCCCGCUGCCAUUUCUACGCCGGAGUGCGGCGAGGAAGAGGGGGAGGCGGGCGGGCAGGCAGGCAGCGGGUCCCUGGGGCGAACCGACUCGGGGCUAAGCUGCUUAUGCAGGCUGGCAGGCUGGCAUGAGCUUCCUGAGCUGGGCUCCUGCUGCUGCUGAGGGGAGGCCGGAGGAAAGCCGUCGCCUGGAGCUGCCAUUGUGUCUCUGAGGAGGAGGAGAGCCCCCACUUCCCUUUGGGGAAGAUGGGGAAUUGCCUGAAAUCCCCCACCUCGGAUGACAUCUCCCUGCUGCACGAGUCCCAGUCGGACAGGGCCAGCUAUGGGGAUGGGACUGAGCCGGAUCAGGAGCCGCCGCCGCCAUAUCAGGUACCGUGUGUUGGGGGGUGAGGAGAAGGGCAGGGGGAAAACACAACAAAUUGAGAGGAGGUUGGAGUCGUCGUGAGAACGGCUGUGCGUGUCAGACGGGCAAACCCGGGGCUGGGGUUGCGGGGUGGGGAAGGAGAGGAAUAUAAAAGGUGGACGGGAAGGCUACAAAAAAACCCCCCAAAACACAGGACAACCUGGUGGGGAGAGGCUUCAUUUAUUGAUAUUUGUGUGGAUGUACACAGUUUUGUUGGGGGUGUUGUUGUUUUGUUUUUUAAAUGAAAAUCCCUCAUACUUGUGUCAUUUAUGCAGCGGCUAUGAAUCGAUAUUAACCAACAUACUUAUACCUCAUGAGUUGAAUGUCAGAAAUUGGGGGCCUCCCUUCUGCCCCCACCUUGCCCACCCCCAGUGCUUAUUCUACUCCUGAGGUUUGAAAUUUGACAACUGGCCAGACCUCUCUCGAAGCUGAACCUCUUGCUUUCAGCCUGAUGGGGGAGACUUUCUUUGUUUCUUCUUCUGUGCCUCUCUUGUCUGAUUUUCAGCGUUAAAAUGCUGCUGUGUUUGUCUUUUAAUAUGCCAAGCUCCCUUUUUAAAAGGCAGAUAUAUAGAAAACAGCUUUCAGAAGUGAGCUUGGAACACUGUACUGGGCAAAAUAUAAAUAACAGCAACAAAAAUAAAACAGAACUACAUCUUGGGUUGAAUAAAACAGAUUGUAACCAUUUCUACUUGGAAGCAAGCUCCAAAUUUCAGUUGGGAUUACCUCUGUGUAAGCAUGUUUCACACGUAAUUGAUGACACUGUUUUUCUGGACCUGAUAAUUUAAUUAUGACAUUUUAAAAUGAUGAUUUCAGAUAUAGUCUCUUCAUUUAGGCCACAGAACAGGGGUUCUAGUUUUUCAGCUUGUGCAGCUUCCUUUGUUUCUUCAUGCGGUGACAUCACUGUCUGGUGUUGUUCUUGUCUCAUUACCUUGUUAAGGCGAAGACUGUACACACACACACACACACACACACACACACAGACACAGUAUCUUUGUCUCAGUUUCUUUAUUCUGUCUUUCAUUAUAUGCAAAAGCAGUAACUCCAAUCAUUAAUUUUGAACUUUCUUAUGGCAAUAGAUCCUAUUUCUCCCAAGUGUGAUUGACAGCAGGCCAGGGCAAUGACAUUUUCCUCCUGGGUGUUUCUCUUAUUCUCUUUCCCUUGUGUCCUCUCUGUUAUGAAUUUGCAAGUUUUAGAAUUGGGAUUAUUAGCUUUUUACGGUUUUCAUUAAUAUUUUUGCUGAUGUCAAAAUAUAUGAAGAAAUUUUAAUCUGUAUUUGCAUUCAUUUUAUAGCCAGAAAAACACACUUAUUUUUGUUUUGGAGAAACAAUAAAUUAUUUUUGUCUCAUUGAUUUACAUCUAAGAGUGCAUUAAUCUAGAUUUAUUCCUCGGUAUUAGAACAGCUGUAAACAGAAUGAAGUAUUUUAUGAAGAUAUAAGGCUUGGAUUCCAAGCAAUUAUAUUUCCAUAUUUUAUUUAAGAUAAAGGAAGUCUUGAUUCUCCCCCCGCCCCCAUCACUUUAUUUUUUACAGGAUAUGAGAUGUUUUCUUAGCAAGCACUGAAUCUUGAAAUGUGACUUGCACCCUCAUCUCAAACAUAAGCCUGGUAAGCUUAGCACAUUAAAUCAUAGUUAAAAACAAACAAUGGUUUAAUGUAAAAAAGCAAGGUGCACACGGCUCAAAAGUUCUCCCUUUGCUUGUCUGCUGCUGACCCAUUGGAAAACAAGACAGCCUGGCUUGUUGUGACGUGUGAAUCUUGGCUUACUUUACUUCUCAAUUAUGUGUUUGGGGAAAACAAACCACAAACCCAUGUUCAGGCAUCACAGCAAGCCAGAGAGUCACUUGUUUCCUGGUGAUACAGCAGGAGUGGAGCCAUGUUCAAAAUUCCCCAGGAAUUUUUUGCGCUUGGCUUUCGGCCACUUGCGACCAAGUGAAGAUACCUGGGCACCAGGAUGGCGCACGAUAUCUCCACCAUCUGGCAGGCUGGUGCACAGCAGCGGGUUUUUUUGCUGCCAUUCUAUGGCGCAAGUCACCUGGUUCACACCAUAAUGCUUCAGCGGAAGGGCAGUCUCUUCUUCUGCAAGCCAGCUGAUUUCCGCAGUUGCGUAGCAGCAGAAGACUGCAUCUUUUGUAAAGCAUUAUGUACCACUCCACAUUUUUCCAUCUAUGUGAGGCAGGGCUGGGGUCCUGCUACAAGCAGCUGUGCUGAGCCCAGCUUGGAGGCCAGCUGCUCAUCUGCCCGUUUGCCCCAUCGCCUGAUCCCUGUGGCAGGGCUGCACCGGCCCCUGCUGCUCUCACUCCUCCUGCUUGUGCAGCCUGCCUUCACUUGGGAAAGCCAAGACUUGGAGCUGUUCAAGCUAAUGGAGGAGAUGUUUAACUGAUAAUCAACCACAGUCAGUUCAUCAUUUGAAAAAUAAGACUUUAGAGCCAUCUUGCCCCAAAAUGGCAACUAGACAUUCCAUUUUGGCAACUGUAACCUUGAUUAAAGGUGCCAUUUGGCCCCUAGCUUAUAUAUCUAUGUUUCAAACAUUGGAGUGGAGCAAGAAUUUUUAAAGCAUACUGCACAUUCACAUUAAACCAUAUUUUGUUUUUGACUAUGGUUUUCAUGUGACAUGUAGACCAGGCCAUUUGAACUCCCAUUGAGUUCAAUGAGAUACAUUUCCAACUGAAGUAUGCAUGCAUAUGAUUGCAGCCUUGGUAUUUUGGAAUGAGGUUUGAUAAAAUGCUGCUCCUAAAAACACUAGCAGUCAUCCAGUGAAGUUAUAUCUGCUCGUAGAAGAGACUGUUCCUUUGGCGUUUUUCAUUUUUACCUUGGGUGCAUGCAUGUAUCUGGCAUGCACAUUAAUCAGGAUCACAUUCACAACUAUCAUGUUGCAAGGACUUACUUCCAUUUAUUUAAUAUCAGGAUGUAAAGUCAUUCAAAAUAUUCAAAUAAUUCAUAGUUAACAAAAUUACAGGAAGUAUUUAAUUUAUAUCGGUCACCUACAGGUGUUUUAGAUGAUAAUUAUAGGUUGGCUCUGAUGGAUUGUUUGAAUGAUUCAAAAGAAGAGAAUGCAGGGACGUUAUAGAAGGAUCACCAAUAUCUGAAUCUUGUGCGUAACUUUGCACACUUUUGGGAAAUAGAUGGCACUGAAAACAGUGAGACUUUUUCUUUCUGAGUAUUGCUGUGUAAGGCUGCUUUUCCUAUGCACAGUUACUUGGGUGUACUGUAUAUUCCAUUGAACUCAGUAGGUUAUCUCAACAAACAUGAAUAGGAUAGGCUCUGCACAGUUGCAAUUAUGUGCACACUUAUUUAGGAUUUUGUCUAAUUGAAGUCAGUGAAACUUACUUUUAGGUAAAGAUGCAUAAGUUAGAAGGCUGCAGUCUUAACAUACUUACUAAAGCGUAAAUAUGAUUGAACUCAGUGGAUAGUUCUGAGUGAACAUUCUUAAGCUGCAAGUCUGUAUCCACUUAUCUCUACUACCCCUCCUUUAUCCCCUCAUAUACCCCAAUUAUACACUGAAUAUAUAGGUCAUAAACUCUCACACUAAUGGAACAGAAGGAGGUGAGGCAGGAAAGAGUUAAUGUAUUCUGUUAUAUACCACAUUUAGCAACUGGUGGCAGAAAAUAUUUGUCUGCUACCAUUUUAUUUUGCUCAUGUUUCCCAUUAUAUCCCCCCCUAAUUUGUAGUAAUAAUUGGUGAGCAUAUAUUUCCACAACUAUUAUACUUCUUAUAUUUCAUAUCAUUCUUAGUGGCAAACUCUUGUGUAUAUACAAAGGAUAUUUGUAUAUAACACUGGUGAAUAAAGGAAUACAGUAAUUUACUACAGUUUCACGACAACAAUAUGUCUCUUACCUUUUCAUUUUUCUAUAAGGAAACAGUUUCCAGCCAGUGCUUUUCUAAGCUAAUUCCAAAUUAUUUAUCUUUUUUUUUUUUUUUAAAAAACCCUAUUCUGAUUGACUUGAACUUUUUCCUUUGAGGUUUGUGUGCAUGCUUGUGUAUUCACAUGCACCACUUUGGCUUUCCCUCUUAUUCACAUUUAUUUGGAAGUAAUUUAAAUUUUCAAGUAAAUGUGCUUAGAAAGAGUAAUGAUCCCAAAGGAUUAUUUUAUGGUUCCUUUAAGUGCUAAGCAAUUGUAAAGGAAAUCAUGUUUCUUAGCCUGAUACAGAUGUCUGUUUACUAUUGCCUUGUGAGCCCUGUAUGAAUGGAAAGAUGAGGCACAAAUAUAAAAGUUAUCCAACAACCUAGAAAUAGUUUUUUAUUAGUUUCAGGUGUAACAGUAAAGCUACAUAAAGACUUGGGAUGUUAAGGAUUUUGAAGGAAUUGGAAAAAGAACUCCUCCCAUCAUACUAAAUGUUGGGAUGAAGUAUGAUGACAUGAGCUAGCUUGUAUAGCGUGAUUCCAAACCAAAAGAUCUCCUGGGACAAUACUAUAAUAAUGAUAUUUUGUCAUGUCAGGUUCCUACAGAGUCAUUGGAGAUGAUAUGGGUAUUGGGAAAAGCUGAGAGUGGGAAAUAUAAGGCAGGAAGCUGAGUUGCUCUGCUUAAAUCAAAGAAGUGUACCUGACCUGCAAGGUCAUAUAAUAUCAGGCUUUGUCAUGACCUGCUGUGGUCAAGCCUGUUGGCAUUCAGGAACCUGUCUGGCUAGUUUCUUGCUGCUCCCCCUGUUGGCCAGAGUUAGGGCUCAUCACACUUUUUGUGGUGUGCCAGGUACACCUGUGCCUGGAAGCCACAACUAUUGCUAGUGUGCUUUGCUGUGCUGCUUGAAAUAGUUCUUAGUUGUGGCACAAAUGGUGAAUCCAUUGUUAGAGCUAAGCUUGAAAACUAUUAGAGCUAUGGAGAAAUGUGUUCAGUUGCUGUUGGAGACACUUUAAUUUUGGCAAAUAUAUGAAAGUUGAAUUCAUAUUGCUAGUUUCAACUUGAAUAUUUAAAUACUUUCCCUUUAAUUGAGUGUGUGUGUGUAUGUUUAAUCCAACUAUAUGGUGAAUACCUGAAAUAGUGUUGCUUUAUCAAAAUAGACUUUGAGAUUGCAUUUGACAUACGGUAAUUGAUCUGCUGGAUCUGGUUCAUCUGAUACUUUAACACUGGCUCUUAAACAUAAGGAGCUUUUAAUUAAAUAGGCUAUAAUAACUGAAAACCAGAGUCACCGGUGCAUAUUUCAUUAUGAAGUGGAUAAUGUAGCUCAAUCCUGUGCAUGUUUCAUUCAGAAGUAUGUCUUAAUUAGUACAUUAAGCUAACUCAGUGUCCAUGAGUAUAAGACUGCAGCCUAAAAAACUGCCAUCAACUCCUAGAAAAGCAUUGCAUUCCUAAAGAAAGGCAUAUAUGCAGAACAAUACUAUACAUGUUCAUUCAGAAGGAAAACUAUCGAGUUAAAGGGGUUUACUGCCAGGUAAGUGGGCAUAUGAUUGUACCCAUGGUGAUGUUUGUUAUGGCAUUUCCAGCUGCAAAAAAAAUCUAAAGGCUGUAUUGAUUUAUGCAAGUUCUAGAGAGAUCAGGUCACGAUUUUAAAUAUUUUUUUGUGAGUCUAAUUUAUUUCCUGUUCUUGUUACAAUACCUUUAUGUAGUAUUCACUGUGUCAUAACUAGGCUGUGGCCACCAGUACAAGGCUGACUUUAACAGCAAAAGCACAUUCUCCCAAAACAUAGAAUCCCAACACUGAUUCUUUUGGAGGUGCCAUAUCCAUAUUCAGGUUGGACUUGCAAACUUAAUUUGUUAGCAAGGGUCUCCCCUAAUACUUAUAUCAUUUCCUUUGUGUUUUUAUACGUACACAAAGGGUUGUAUUAGCACUAACUUUUACCCAGCAUAAUGUCCUGUUCCUAGGUUGGAAGUAGGGGUGAGUGGGACAGUAGAGGAACGCUCACAUUUUUCAUCCUCUAACAACUGUUGUACAAAAGACAUGAGGUAAAAUACAUUGGAAGGACUAAAUAGAAAAAUCUACAAAGAGGAAAGGUUACCAGAAUGGGGUAUCCUUGCAGGUGUUCCUAUUUAUUUGAAAGACUUACAUGAGGUAAUUCCUUUGAGUGAUAUAGUAAAACUGCAUUCUCCUAAUGUGGCAAUAUGGUGCUGCCGUAACAGAGAAAUAGUGCAAUGACGUCACAGGCACUAUCCAGUAAGUCGCUCUUCACACUUGUGCAACUAUCACUUCUUAUUGUAAUAGACAUUUUAGGAACAAUACAGUUUGUUCUUGGAAGCACAUUGUUCUAACCAAGUAACAUGAUACAAUUUUAUCAAGUGGUGCUGUGGAUGGUGUAACAGCUGGGCCUUCGCUUUAACCCUUUCUGCACUACAAUACCCCCCUUCCUUUGAAUGGUGUACAUCACUUUAGCUAUACAGUGGUACCUCGGGUUACAUACGCUUCAGGUUACAUACGCUUCAGGUUACAGACUCCGCUAACCCAGAAAGUGUACCUCAGGUUAAGAACUUUGCUUCAGGAUGAGAACAGAAAUCGCGUGGCAGCGGCGUGGCAGCAACAGGAGGCCCCAUUAGCUAAACUGGUGCUUCAUGUUAAGAACAAUUUCAGGUUAAGAACGGACCUCCGGAACGAAUUAAGUAUGUAGCCAGAGGUACCACUGUAAUCCUUUGGUUAUAAACCCCAUUGUACUCAGUGGACUUGCAUCUGAGUAGUUGUUAGUAGGUGAGGUAGGGUAACAUUUCAGACAAAUGCCAUUUGUCUCAGUAAGGCCCAUUCAGGGUGAUUGUUUCAUGAAAUUCCUUUUGAUCAUACUAAAUUUAUGAACUCUGAGUAGAACAACUGUCAUUUAGAAACUAGUUUAUUUUAUGUUUGGCAGUUUAUUCAAGCUUUUGUUGUUUCCAGCACCACUUUUAGCGCUCAACUUUCUGAGGUUUGAAGCUUUCUGAUGUCAUAAAAGUUCAAUUUCUGUAGCUGUUCCAGCUCAAUAACUUCAUGGCUUAGUAAUGGAAAAAGUCACAUUCCAGUGAACUUGAUUGGACCCAGCAUUUAUAUACAUAAAGUUCUCCCUCUCUUGCCAACUGAAAAGAGCAUCCCUAAGGGUUCGGGCCUGAUCUUAGAGGGAGGUUAGAGAGCCUUAUGUAAAACUGCCCUUACCCAUUCAUAAUGUUCAGAGAAUUAUAGUCAUAAAGUAUAUCUGUUAAAUGCCAUAUGUGUAUGUGUGAGACUGUAUAGUAGAUUUCAAUAGGAAAAAUUUAAAAAUAAAGAUGAAUUAAAAGGUAAAGGUACCCCUGCCCAUACGGGCCAGUCGUGUCCGACUCUAGGGUUGUGCACCCAUCUCACUUAAGAGGCCGGGGGCCAGCGCUGUCCGGAGACACUUCCGGGUCACGUGGCCAGCGUGACGAAGCUGCUCUGGCGAGCCAGCACCAGCGCAGCACACGGAAACGCUGUUUACCUUCCCGCUAUAAAGCUGUACCUAUUUAUCUACUUGCACUUAGGAGUGCUUUCGAACUGCUAGGUGGGCAGGAGCUGGGACCGAAAGAUGGGAGCUCACCCUGCCGCGGGGAUUCGAACCGCCGACCAUACAAUUGGCAAGUCCUAGGCACUGAGGUUUUACCCACAGCGCCACCCGCGUCCCUAAAGAUGAAAUAGUGGGAACUUAUUAGCCACCUUUGUCUUUAUAUAGGAUUUACUUUUUUUAGUAUAUUUGUGCAAUGUUGGGGCAUCUCACUUGGAUGCUACAAAGUAGGUUAAUGGGACAAAUCAAGCCAAUCAGUUAUGUUAAAGUAAGCUGCUGCUGCUUUUUAGGGGGAAAAGCCCCUCCCAUUAUUUUUCAAGGCAGAUUUUCAAAAUCCUGAUUCAGAUUCGAACCGCUGACCUUCUGAUCGGCAAGUCCUAGGCUCUGUGGUUUAACCCACAGCGCCACCCGCAUCCCUAUUUAUAUACUCACCAAUAAUUAAGCAUCUCUGGGCAGUUUACAGUAAGUGUGUCAUCAGGUCUUCAUAUGUUGGUGAAAGAUUAUUUAGAGGGUGUUUGCAUCUGUUUUGAUGUAUGUAAGCGGGUGAUAAACUCACGAGACAUCAAUGGUUACAAUAACGUCAUUCAUUUCUGUCAUGGGACUCGGCUGUGUUUCCUUCUCUUCUCAAAACUGUCAUUUAUUACAGUAGAUUUGUUUCCACAGCAACAGACUUUGGUAAAUAGUGGAGUGCUGGAGAGCGUUGGGCUUGGGUGGGGGAGUGGGAGCUUCUGUGUUUUCAAAAUGCUUAAGUCACAUUGUGCUUUUACGAUGCUCAGUUUUGCUUUAUCACUUAUAGAACUUGUGUCUGCUUUCACAGCAAAUGAUUUAUACUGAUCAAAAAUGUAAUUCUAUUCUAGGGAAAAUAUAGCAGAAAAUGCUUAAUUCCGAGUCUCUAUGUACGGAGAGCACACUCCAGCUGUAUUUGUGCAUGUAAGACAGAAUGCAGUGACCUCCUUGCAUGCAGAGAGACAUGCCAUGUGCCAGGUUUGCACACUGCCUGUAUCUGCAUUCAGUCCCUGAGGACCCUUGGAGCAUAAAAACUAUGUCAUAUGAUUGCCAUUCCAGUAUUAUUUUAAAAAUGAGCUAAACCAAAUGUCUUACAAACCUAAUUUGGAUUGUGGGCUCUUCAGAUUUCAUUGUCUGUGUCAUCACUUACAUUCAGACGUGCUCGAGUGCUUCAAAAAACUUACUUAGUGUCAUGCUCCUCCCUGUUUAUCAUAGUGUCAGCAUAGCUCAAGGACUAAGAAAACUGUAGAGUUUAGAGUAGCAGUUGUUUUUUUAAGAGAAUUUAGCAUCCUGGUCCUUAACUCUAACGUGUUUAAUUGAGUUUAUGAAUUUAAAUGCUGCCCUUCAAUUUGAAAACAGUUCCAGUAUUUAUUUUCUUUAAUAGGGUGAUAGCCUGCUUUAAAGCUCUGGUGUCCCAACAUACCCAUGGUAAAAUGAGGGGAAAACAAAGGUUAUUAAUGAUUUUAUUUUGUAUGGCUGUUCCAGGUAGAGUUUAUUAAUCCACUUUGAUGCUGAAUUGCUGUAAGAAACUGUAAUCUACUCAGCUAUUCUAUGGUAAUCUCUUAUAUUGGGACAAUGAAUUUACAGCAGAAGUGAUACUGUUGUUUGACUGAACUUCAAAAAUCUCAUUAUGUUUCAACAAGAUGUAUUGGCUAAACUCCAACUUUGGUAGCACAACUGUAUUCUGGCUAACUACAUUCUCCUUGUAGUUUAAUACAGAACAGCUAUUCUCAGUAACUCCUCUAUUUAAGCUAAGAUAUCUAAAAUGACAAGCUGCCAAAUUGCAGGAUUGAUACUGUGCCAAAAUGCCUGCAACAAGAUAGUUGACUAAGCCUGUAGUCACCAAACUACAUCUUUCAGAGUCAUGUUGUAACUACUAGGACUAAGUGUGGGAUAAGUGGAACCACAAAUCACACAGUUGUGCCAUCAGGGAACGAUUUUGGGGAAGAAGUCCAGGGUCUCACUCAGAUAAAUGAACAGGGCUGGCUUACUGCAUUUUGAAGUAAUACGCAGUGCCUACUAAAUGGGGGAGCUGCAAUUGACAAUAGAGCCAGUGUUGAGCACCCUAUGGUACGAUUAGUUGUUUUGCUGCUUAUUAGUGUAAGUUGCCCUGUGCUCCUAAGGAAGAAAGGGCAGGGUAUAAAUGUUAUAAAUAAUUAACACAUAAAUUUGUAUAAGAUGAACUGGUUUUUGGUUUGGGGUUUAACAGCUCCAUUAUACUAAUUCUCUAGCAGCCAUAACAUAACAGCAUUGUUUGAAAUAUACUAUAUUGCUCUCAUUGCCAAGAUAUAGAGCUCUUUUUGUACACACUAGGAUAUUGACUAGUCUUAACAAGUAGUCCCAAGCCAACAAGCCCCUAUAUGUAUACAAAGAAAUUUAAACAGCACCAUGUACUCUGUGGUGCAGGAUGCUACGUUGUUUAGAAAAACAUGAGCAAAAGUUACACCUUUGUGAGCAAAACUUCCCCUUGCGUUUCUCUGAUCAGUUGGUGCAAACAUAGAACAACCAUGGAGGGAAGGGCAGCAUUUCACACUGGGAAGAGAUGGAUUGUGAAUGUUCCCAAGACUGAUUCUUAAUACAGUGGUGCCUCGCAAGACGAAAUUAAUCCGUUCUGCGAGUCUCUUCGUCUUGCGGUUUUUCGUCUUGCGAAGCACGGCUAUUAGCGGCUUAGCAGCUUUAAGAAAAAGGAAACAAACUCGCAAGAACUCGCAAGACGUUUCGUCUUGUGAAGCAAGCCCAUAGGGAAAUUCGUCUUGCGGAACGACUCAAAAAACGGAAAACUCUUUCGUCUAGCGAGUUUUUUGUCUUGCGAGGCAUUCGUCUUGCGGGGUACCACUGUAUGCAAGCUAUGGUUGUAGGGAACCAGCACCACAUGUGUGCUAGGCUGAGUAGCCAGCAUAGCAAUAUUGGUAUAUUGUGUUACUUCUGGGUAUUAAUGAGUGUGAGGUUUUUAGUACGGUAAUUGUAAUGCAAUUUCAUAUUGCAUUGUGGUGGUCUGUUUAAAUUGCGUCCAAUACUUUGUCUUGAAACUGGCGUAACACUUUGCAUCUUCUGCCUCCAAGCUGAUGUCACAUAGAGUUUCUUUCAUGUUUUAUUGCAGGCAUGAGAUGACUUGCUCAAGUUACUUCCAUAUCACCAUUUUUUAAUUAGUACAAGUCACUAAUUCGCGAACUCGAUAACACUGGAAUUCUUUUGAGACUUUCUGAAUCUAUAUAUGUGUAUAUACAAGAGUCACAGAACUGACAUUUGACAGUCAUCCCAUAUGUGAAAAAUAAUACAGGAAGUAACUCUUGGUGGGUGUUUUUUGUUUUUUUUAAGAGUAAGAGUGCUUUUUUAUUUAUUUUUAUUAUUCAUUUCAUUUCAUUUCUUUAUCACAUUUCUUUAUAAGUUUCAAAAUAAUACAAAAGAGGCCAUGUACAGUAUGCACAUUUAACACAGCAAAGUUAACAAAAAAAAUUAAACAUAGCAAAAGAAAACAUUACUAAAGGAAGUCAAAUAAACUGCACAUUUGAAACAGCAUAGUUGGCAAGAGAAACAUACAACAUAUAUUUCUGCUGUUACUGCCAAUAGGGCCUCAGGCUUGAUGACCUUGGUCUCCACUAAGACAGCCAGUAUUGUCUCUCCAGCAGCCUCAGCCUUUGUAAGUGGAGUCAGUCAGGACCCUGCUUUUCUAGGCCCGUAAAGGAGCAGAUCUUCCAGGACUCACAGCCAAGAUUUAUUGACAUUACCACAGUUAAUAAAUGAAAAUCACAAGUCUGUGGUUCAUAGGUAUGGUGGUAUUGUGUGUGUUGAUCUGUGAUCUAACACAUAGAUGAUUCUGCAGUAUUGUGGAGGUUGGUUUUAUUUAUUUAGUUUUUAUUCCCUUCUGCCCUCAUGAUUGUAAGAGAAAUGAUAAGAUGAUUCUGCAGGGCUCCGUUGGUGGCCGAUUUCUGAGAUGCCUGCAUUUUUCUAACUGAUCUAUGGGAAGCAUUACAUAAUACCCUGAGGAUUUAACCAGGAACACCCAGCAUUAGCUAGAUUCUGGACCAGAAUGAACAAUCAGCUUUUUCAGUUGUUUUAUGUUUCCUUUAGAUAAAAUUCCAGUUAGUGCUUUGGCAAUGAUAUUUUCAUAGUGCAGUAUUACAGCAGCCUAAAAUGAGUAAUUCAGGCAAUAAGGCAGUGGACUAGGAGUCAGGAGACUUGGGCUGUGAUUUUAGAACUGCAGUGUCUUUCUUGUCCAACAGCUUUGAUGAUUAUUUUUUUCUUAAACAAUCAUCGUCCAAAACUCAGUUUCAAUAGCUUCAUUUCUAUGGUACUUUACUAAAAUACAGUGUGUUUAAGUGUUAGCAGUGGUUAAGUGUAUUUAAAUGCACUGUGAAGGAUGUCAGGCUGCAUUUAUGUUGUUCCUCAGGUGGUACAGCUAGAGAGAUACUGGCUAGCAUUAAAAUAUUCUCAUGAUAAUUUUGGUUUACUUGUUAGGAAAAGUAGUGAUCAUAAUUUUAUCUCAGUUGUGCUAAACACUAUCAAAAUAUAGGAGUGUUCAUAUAAAAAGCACCUUCUUUAACCAAUCUACAGCAAACUAAAAAUCUAGCAUGCAUGAUAUUAAAGGAACGUUGUGUGUAUAAAUAAAACCUUUCUCAAAUUUAGCAAUAUAACGUAUUUGUAUUUUGGGGGAAAUGUUUUUGUUAUGUUUUUUGCUAGCUUGCAAUUGAGUCUUACUUUCUGAACUCAAAACAGUCGGCUUUCAAACCAGUGGGAGAUCAGAGACUGCGGUAGCCAUUCUCCCAUCAGAAAUGUCAUCAGUACUUGUGUUUGAUGAAAACCUAAAGUUUGGAGUGAAAUGCUCUAUUUAUUUAGAACCUGAAAAAAGUCCUAAUCCACCCAAUUUACAGUAUGUUAGUUAUAUGCUAAUAUAGCUAGAUACUUAACCCUUUGCAUAUUGCUUUGCCCUAUAAAUACACAAAACAAUUCCCAUACAUUGACCUGAUAUUCCUUACAACAGCAGUGAAAGGUAGACUGGUCUUAUAUUUGAACCAGGAAUUUCACAGUUCGUGUUAUUAACCAUCCUAGCAGCUAAGAAAAUAUUUUCUUGAACAUAGACAAUCUGUGUUUUUAGAGUUGGCAAUGGAAGAAUGUCCCUUUGGGGGUGAAAUCAAACCAUUGGAGAGUUACACAGCACCUGUUUUGGCUCUAGAGACAUGUUUUGUUGCAGCUGGGGCAGAUGAAGGUGUCUGGUUGUGCUGAUGCAGGUGUACAAUGGCUUUCCUUCUUUCUGCUCUCCUCUCAGCAGUCAUUCCUCCUUUGGUCACUGCAAUGGAUACACAACCUGAUUAUCUGUCUCCAGGCACAGCUUUUUUAAAAAAAUAAAAAAUACCAGUGACCAGUUUUUUGGAAGCUUUUUUUAAAAAAGUAUUAUCAACCACCUGAGUGAAUAUACUUCUUUCUUGCAUGUGUCCUUAGUGCAAACAUAUAUUCUGUAUUAGAAGUGGUUGAGCUCUGAAUGAGAUCACUCUUGGACUUGUGCCCUGGAAACUGAAAAUGCACAGUCACAGCAGGGAUAAGCUUUGGGUUACCACAAAAAGGAAUAUAGUACAGUGGUACCUCGGGUUAAGAACUUAAUUCAUUCUGGAGGUCUGUUCUUAACCUGAAACUGUUCUUAACCUGAAGCACCACUUUAGCUAAUGGGGCCUCCUGCUGCCACCGCACCGCCGGAGCACGAUUUCUGUUCUCAUCCUGAAGCAAAGUUCUUAACCCGAGGUACUAUUUCUGGGUUAGUGGAGUCUGUAACCUGAAGCGUAGGUAGCCUGAAGCAUAUGUAACCCGAGGUACCACUGUACACGCUUCCCAUAUCAGAUACAUUAGUGUAAACACAUUUUAUUCAACAUACAAAGUGCUUUUUGGUUGCUGUUCAGCUGUUGCAAUAAGCAAAACAAAAAACCAAUUUUUGUAAGCUGUAUGGUAAAACUGGAGUGUCUACUUCCCUCAUCUGUGAGGGAAAUUGUUAUUGUAAUUUGAGAGAAACAUUUUACAUCUUUGGAUUAGGGGAUAAACUAGGGCACCUUGGUUGUGCCGAAAAGGGAAUUUCAGCAGGAGUAACUUGCAUGACUGCUGCUAAAGGUGCAGAAACCCUUCCCUCUUCUACAUCUGGACUGUCCACUUUGGAGCCUUACCAAUUAACAAGGUGAUUGCUUUAAUCAAUAAAGGUGGGGGGGGGUUGUAUCUACUUUACUCUGUUUCUAGCGAACUAAAAUGAACUCAGUAUGCAAUGUUUUAGGGUAAAUGGGUCCAUUUUGUGUAGCACCAUACAACACCAUUCAUUUGUCUUGUUUGGUCAUUGAUUCUCAUAGAAUGGAUGGUGUCUUAGUUGCUGUUGCUGAGUCCCUCCAAGUAGGGGGCUCUGGUUAUUUUAACAGUAGAAGUGUCAGCUCCAGAUCUUGUUGCCAUGGCCAGAGAGAGAUGAGAGAUUAUACAAGCCUAAGGCUUAUUCCAGUUUGUGCACAUAAUGCUAAACAAUAGUAGUGUUGCAGCCAAAAAAAACCCCACCAAGAUAUCUAGCCAAUUUUAAAAGGGAAGAACUAAGAGGUUUGGUCUUACACACAAAACACUUAAGUAACUUUCACCUCCAUCUUGGACAGAAGUUGGGUGAUCUGGUUUAAAUAAGAAACAGCAGAAUUUUCCACAGGCACACAUAUCAGAUGGUAACUCCUACAGUGUAUAAAAUAAAAUAGUCCCAAGAACAAGGAUGGAAAUAUUUGGACUAGGUUGGUGCUGAGAGUGAAUUGUGCAUGGAUGUUGUCUGAUUCCAAGUCAGAAUAUUUAUCUAGUGAGCCAGUACUGCCUACUCUGACUGCAACUUUCUAGGGUCUCAGGCAAAGAUCUUUCUACCUGAAUAUUUCAGUUGGAUAUGACAGAUUGAUCCUGGGAGCUUCUGCUUCCAAGGUAUGUGCUCUAUCAUUUAAGCUAUGGCCUCUCUCCAAAUGUGAUCCCUCACACAUGGUUCCCUAUUUAUGCAGAUAGGCAUUAAUCUGCCAGAAAUGCCCAUCUGUUGAUUAAGGUUAAAUGAGUAUGAGACAUAUGGCCAAACAGCAUGGAGAUGCUCAGUCUGUAAAAAUCCUAGGGAUCGUAUAUAUGCUCCUCAAAGAGAAACAAUUUUCACAUUAAAGUGAAUUUGUAGGAAACACAAAUGGCAACAUUUCUAAACUAUCAACUGUUGUGGGGUCAUACUGUACAUAGAUAUUAUAUGCUAUUUCCCUGACUGCAAUCUCCAAAAGCAAGGAAUUCCUGCCAACUCUGUUCUGAAGGGAUGUAAGGGAGGGAUUUGUCCAUUUCAUUGAUUCUUUACUUUAAAUUUGUGUGGUUUGUAUAUAUUGAUUCUGUUUGUGCAUCCCCAGUAUCAUCCAAAGAAGCUGAUAAAUUGUUGGUUGUAGAGCAACUUUGCAGAAAUGUUGAAAUAAUGUACUUUUCUGUUCUGAAAGUAGUCUGAUCAUCAAGCCAGUUUUUAAAAAAUGCAUACUGUUAAGAAGGGGGUGAAAUCAUGGAUCAAAUCCAGGCUUUCUAGAUCCAUUUCAAAUGGGCUUAGGUCCGGUUUUGGCACAGGAACUGCUUUGAUCACCCUGUAUGAUGGACAUCUAUUGAGAGAGAGAGGGAAAUGUAGCAAUGUUAAUUCUCCUUGACCUCACAGCAGCUUUUGACACCAUCAAAGCACAGUUAUUGGGUUUUUCCAAGCCAAUUUGUUCUACAGUCCCUGAAUCAAGGUUGGCUAACUCUGUGAUCCUCCAGAUGUUGUUAGACUUCAACUCCCAUUAGCCCAACCACUGAUCAGCAAUGAUGGGAAUUACAGCCCAACAACACCUGAGUGUUCAUAGGUUGGCCACUCUUGUCCCAUGUUAUACUUGGAAGGUAGCUUUUAUGCUUAGUAAGAGAGUUGUAUUUGAGGUUUCAGAUAUAGUUCUGUAAAAGUGAAAGCUGAUGAUUAAAUCUAAACAGUCAAGGAAGUAACGCCCCUCUGAUAUAUUGCAUACAAGGUAACUGCAGUGGUUCCGUUCCUGCUUCUUGUUGCAUGCAUACUUCUGCAGCGUGGUAGCAUCUAUCAAAACACUGGAAUAGUCUGGGUGCCAUUCUACUUAGGAAGCUGUUUAUGUGAGGCAACUUUCUACACAGUUUAGCCAAUUUUAACAAUGUCGGCAUAACCCUCACUCUUCACUUAAGUAGCUUCCAAUGUGGAAUGAGUUACUGGUUCCAUUUCUCAUAGUUACCAUGUCACAAAUAUGGAGAAACAGCCUGUGGCCUGAUUCAUGUGCUACUUCGGCUGUUUGAUUUGGCUUGUUCUCUCCUGCCUGAAGUGACACAAGCACUGGCUGAUGGAAGAGCUGGGGGGUGGGGUGGAGGAGAGGAGCAAGCAAACAGCAGUAGUAAAUAAACUAUUAAGGAAGGAAAUACUUUCUCCUGUCUACAGGGUAAAAUGAUGCCACCCUAUCCCAUUGGCUUCGUGGUAAAGCCAGUCGUGCCAGGCAGUGUUUAAUUUGGCUGUUUUGCACAAUAUUUUGUAUUGCCCAGGCAAGACUGCUGUUAACAGGAAUGGUUUCUUCAGUCCAAGAAGCAAUCUCUAUAAAUCUACAGUUAAUAUGCAAGGCAGGUGGAAGCAUGAACAGACUUCCAUAGAAAGGCUGCUGGGAUUUGGAAGGAAGCAGGGAUUAAGUGGGGGCCACAUCCAUUGUUGUAGUAUUGUUCAUUGCCCCUUGGAAAUGAGUUAUUUUUUCAGCUUUCUCAAGACAAAUGCUUUUGACUUCCAGACCAGGCUGUGCAACCUUUCUGCUGUCCUCGGCAAACACAGCACUUUCUCAAUUUGCAGUGCUUAAAAUUAACAUUUUUUUCUAGUGUGUAAAUCGUGACUUACUGGAUUUUCAGGAGUAGCUCCUGAUAACAAUGAAUUUUAUGUAGACCCUUCCCUCCUUCCACUUCAAAACAACUUUCUAAGGAUGCAUUCAGACCAGCACUUCUGUUUAUGCAACUGCUUCUGAUACUCCACACCACAUCCUGUGAAUCUUAUCGCUGUUUGCACUCUGUUUCCUGAAUUUUUUAUUCUCACAAAAGCUUGUACCUCGUUAAAGAGGUACAAGCUGGGGUUGUCCAUGUGAAGCACCUUGGAGAUUUGGAUCUUAACUAUACUGCUGCAUGUUCUUUUCCAAUGUGGCUGAAUAUGGGACUUUUGCCAGAUAAAAUGAAAUUUAUCACACCUGGUAGGGACAGGAACCAAGUGAAGAGCAGCACUGAUGAGCCACUAAACUCAUCAGGCUGAACUGUACCCUAAGACAUUAUCCUGGAAUGAGGGAGCAUGCUGUGCAAUAAUUGAAGUGCAGAAAUCAGUUGCUUGUAACAAGGAGCUUUAGGCUUCAUUAAAAUAAUUAUUAUUUCUUGCUCUUCACUUAGUUCUUUUUUGCCAGUUUCCAGAAUUUUCAUUGGCUGGAUUAAUUGUCUUGGGGUAGUUUAUAUUUUUUUAAAUGCAGAUAUUUAAUGAAGUUUAUUGUAGUUGUAUGUUGGGAAAGAUUGAGGGCACAAGGAAAAGGGGACGACAGAGGACGAGAUGGUUGGACAGUGUUCUCGAAGCUACGAACAUGAGUUUGACCAAGCUGUGGAAGGCAGGAGUGCCUGGCAUGCUCUGGUCCAUGGGGUCACGAAGAGUCAGACACGACUAAACAACAACAAAUGCAUUCAGCAUUCAGCAAUACAAACAAAAUAGAUUUUAUUAUUUUUACCUUUUAAAUAUUAGCUAUGAGUUUAGUUUCUAGGAAGAGAAAAAAGUAUACCGUCUUGAGACAUGGAAAGAAUCACAAUUAUGUAAAUAACACAGAGACAGAUAACUAUCUACAUAGAAAUUUAUUUGUGGCUUGGUGGUUUAGUGCAGGACCCUGUGUGAAUCCAGCCACACAUUUGAGAUCAACAGAUGUCCUCUUGCACAUCCCGUUGCUUUGUGGGGUAGGGAAGUUAUGCAUGGUCAGGUAUUUUCAGUAGUGGCACCUGCAUUACUUGCUUCCCUCUAUCACUUAGCAGAAACCCCUUAGAUAUUUUUUAUAUAUAAGGUAAAGGUAAAGGAACCGCUGACCAUUAGGUCCAGUCGUGACCGACUCUGGGGUUGCGACGCUCAUCUUGCUGAAUGGCUGAGGGAGCCGGCAUACAGCUUCUGGGUCAUGUGGCCAGCAUGACUAAGCCGCUUCUGGCGAACCAGAGCAGCACACGGAAAUGCCGUUUACCUUCCCGCUGGAGUGGUACCUAUUUAUCUACUUGCACUUUGACGUGCUUUCGAACUGCUAGGUGGGCAAGACCAGGGACCGAGCAACGGGCGCUCACCCCGUCGCGGGGAUUCAAACCGCCGACCUUCUGAUCGGCAAGUCCUAGGCUCUGUGGUUUAACCCACAGCGCCACCUGCGUCCCUUUUUUAUAUAUAGUGGUAUAUAAUAUUUUAUAAAUAAAUAUGGGACAGAAGGUAAAGAAGGUAAUGCUGUUUGGACACAGCAGCUAAUGUAGGUUGAUGUCUUUUUUCUGAGUUUUGUUGCUUUUUUAGCUAAUGCUGUAGCAGAAUGCUGUUUAUUGCAUUCCAAUUUAUGUUUUAUUGGUUUAUGGAUUUUUAGAGGAUUGCAAACUGCUUUUAGGACUGUUAUGAUUGAAGGUGCAGGAUGAAAGCUAUUUAAUAAAAUAACUUUAGUCACAUAUAAUAUUGUAUGUUAUAAAUGGUAAUUUACUGGAAAUUGCAGUAAGAUUAGAGUUCAAAGCAGAGCCCUCAAAGUAAUCUGUGAAGCUGGUAUAUCUGAUUUAUAGGCGAACUCAGUCUGAGGGCCUUCUUGUGGACCCCAGCCCCCUGAGGUCAGUCAGGUGGCAGCCAAAGGGGGCCCUUUCCUUGGAACUUUCUAAGCACGUUUGCUAGGUACCACCUUUAUUGUUUUUAAGUGCCAGAUUGUCCUGUUCUCUCACACUUCAUCUGCUUGUUUAUUGCUGUGGUUUGCCAUUCUUUAAAGAUCACGUUAUAAGCAAUCUUUUUUUGUGGCUGCAUUUAUUGUGGCUAGGGGCCUCAAAAGCCAGCAGUGGUCUGGGCCUCCCCAGGCUUCUAUUCAACCAUCAACAUUAGGUGGUUAGGGUUAUGCUCACAGUUAUGAAAAUUGUAGAAAAAAGCUCUCAAAUUACAAUCUUUUAUUUAUAGUAGACAACAGCCACCCUAAGGAACUAGGUUUGGGUAAACAAAAGAAGGUAAAACAAUAUAUCCUUUUAAAAAUCAAAAUUGGUAUUUGGGUUUUCUUUGGUAUAAUAUUGUACAUCAAUAUGCCCAGGAAAAUGUUUUUGUAAUCAUGAUAGAUGUUUUUAAUGGUGGGGUAUGAAAAAUGACUACUCUUCAAUUUUUAUAAAGUUCACUAUACAGUUUUUGUUUGUUUGUUUGUUUUUGCUAUAUCCCUAUCCUGCCUUGCUCUGCUACAUACCUAGCCUCCACAACAGACCCCAAGAGUGGUAUGUUUCAGGGCAAACUCCCUUCUAGUUUGUUUCCAGGUGUCAAGAUUAGGCUCUUUCUGUCUUCUUGACUAUGCUUUUGUGUUUUGAUAGCAUAUACUUUCUUUCAAUUUUAGUUACUGCAUCUGCAUACAAGGGUUCAAGCUCAUAUUUGUCUUACAGGAGUAAAAAACAGAAUUCUCUUCUCUGUUGUGGUCUAGAAGCUCUAGUUCUAAAUAUCUGAAGCAACUCAAUGAGCCACAAUCCAGCCUAGAAUGGUCUCCUUGAGCCAACAAAUUUUGAGCACACCAAAGUCAGUGCUAUGAUUUGUAACAGUCUGACAAUCAGUAUACCUAUUUUUAACUAGUAUUUGUGGCACAGCACAAUAUCGGUUGGUCAGACAACACACUUGAACAGCAAUUGGAAUAUUUUCUGAUUUUUUUAUAUAAAUCAUGUUGAACAUUAUAUCAAUUUAUUAAACUGAAUAAAGUAAUCUUCAGAUUAUCUUUAUCCAAGGAUUAGUAGUUUCCCAGCUACCACUGACCUCUUUUCAAAGUAUUAUAAUAUCAUUGGUUAUGCUGGCUGGGGCUGAUGGGAAUUGUAGUCCAAAAAUCCAGGAGAGCACCUGGCUGUGGGUGGCUGAACUAGCCACUUGAAGAGUCUUUAUUAUUUUUCAUAAUUUAACUUCUUUCUUAACACUUGAAAACCUAACGUUAACUAUGCAUGCUAUGAAGUUUGCUCUUUAUCAACUUUCCCCCAUACCACACAUAAUUGCAUAUACCUCUAUCAUUUCUCUUCCCGCACCCUUUACUCACUUUCCCCACUAAAUUUAAGCAACAUGUUUGACAUAACCUUUCCUCUCCAGCCCCCAAAACAUUUUGGUUCUCAAUUUAGCACUUUUUUCAGGUCAAUGACAUCCUUUUUUUAGGUAUGGCAAGCAGAACUUGAACAUAGUAUUUGUAUAAUGGUAGUAUUAUGAUAUAGGCAAUUUUAUUUUCAAUCCCUUUCUUUCAUGGGAUUCUAAUUUUCAUAGCUGCUGCACACUGGGUUAGCAUUUUCAUUGAUCUAGUUCCCCUAAGCCCAAUAUCUCUUUCCUAGUCAGUUGCCAAUUAGCAUAAUUGUGAAGUGGUUUUGUUUUUUUUACCUUAUGUGUUACUUUAUACUUGCUCCCCCCCCAUGUAACUUCUUACAUAGAAUCCACAUUUGCCAUUUAAUGCCAUUGCAUCCAGGAUUGUAGAUAAGGUCUCCCCUUAACCACAACCUGUAACCCCAAAAACAUGGUUAAGGAGGAGAGCUCUUAUCACAGUUGUGGGUCUGUACAACACGCUGAGCCAAACCUUGGCUUGGCUGCCACCCAUGUAUCACCUAAAAAGACCAGGGAGGAGCAAAAUCUAUUCCUCACAAGCCAGCAUGUUUGCACCAAGCCAUGGUUUGGCUUAGUGUGACAUGCAAACGUGGCUGACAUGCUGCAAAAUGCACAGACCUGCUCCCAUUGCAUCCAGUUUGACCUUUAUUAUUGAAUAUUGCUGUUCUUUUAUUUGGUUUCUUAUUUGCAAAAAGGGAUGGAAGAUACUCAAUAGUUACACCCCUGUGAAAUAACAUACACUCAUUGUCCAAGGAUAAACAAGGGCUUGCUUCUGGAUGAUAAAUGAAGGGCACAAAGAAAAGUGGAAUGGGGAAGUCUCCAUUUUAUAGUCCGUAAGCGCCUUCUGCUGAAGAUUAACAGAUGUCCAUCUGGCAGCUCUCAUGUAUCCAUUUGUUCAUAGCUUUGGGGGGGGCAUCGGGGAUUAAGUGAAACUAGGAAUCCCUUCCAUUAGUAAUUGGUCUUUAAAAAAUCACUGCAUGGUAACCUGCCAUUUACAUACAGCAUAAAUGUGGGAAGAAGGGUGAAUCAAAGGCAAGCCUUUUACAGGAACUGUUCUGAGGAGUUGGCUGUUCGGUAUAGAAGAUGCUGAGUGUUAUAUGUGUGCUAAUGCAGUGUGUUCAGAUAGAUUAUGUGAUUAUUCACAGUGUGCAUACAUACUGGGUAUGGAUGGAAGAAAACAAAAAAUGCAGCCCACAGUGAGUCAGCUAAAAAUCAUAAUUGCACAGAGGUGCAUUUUAUCCUUGCCCACGUGCAGCUCUUCUGUUGCUUUGUGGCAACACAGUUGGUGUCUCAACACUGAAACUACAUUGAUGUGGUUGUGCAAAUGACCCUGUACCUGUGAUUGUUGAGAUGGCACACCUUAGCCCAGGAAACUUACAGGUGAUGUAGCUGCACUAACAUCACACAAAAAGGAGCAUGUAUUUGAGAUUUUGCUACCAUAAAUGUGCCUGGAUAUUUUAUAGAGACUUUCACUUAAACUUUUAAAAUAUGUGUGUGUGUGUGUGUGUGUGUGUGUGUGUGGUGUUUUUUCCAUUUAAAUAGAACUAGUUGUAUUGUCUGGGCACAAGGGUAUUCAAAAACCUUCAGUAUUGCAGAUGUUUGAGUGGUCUGUUACAUUUCAUUUCUAUGAAGCUAACUUAUAACACCAAGUUACUGUUUGCUUUAAGCAGAUGAUGAGAUUGGUGUCAAGUAAUAGUUAAAAUAUAUAAUUUUCUCUGUAUUGGCAGGCCAUAUGUUCAUCAUUUAGCCAGCCUGCAAGCAUAAUUUUCCAAUUCUCAUGUCAUACUUAUGCAUUUGUUUUAACUAAUCCAUAGGCAACUAAUGGAAACAAAAGUCAAAUUGUCUGUACAGAGAAUAUUCUAAAAUAGAUCCAUGCCAGCUUCCCAGCAAUGAUGGCACUGCAGUUUGCCCCAUUUUAUGGCUUAUAAGACUAAAAAGGAGAAUGAAGUGUUACACACAUUUCCUCCCAGAAAGAAAGAGGUUUAAAUUUCCAUAUACUGUGAAGUCCAUUUCUAUCAUUAAUUUAAAACUGACAAAGCAAAUGCAUUUGUUUUCAUUUUCUUUCUUUUAAUUUUAGGAACAGGUUCCAGUUCCAGUUUACCAUCCAACUCCCAGCCAGACCCGCCUAGCAACCCAGCUUACAGAAGAGGAACAAAUUAGGAUAGCGCAACGAAUAGGCCUUAUACAGCACCUGCCGAAAGGAGUCUAUGAUCCAGGAAGAGAUGGUUCUGAGAAAAAGAUCAGAGAGUAAGUGCCAUUUUUUGUGGUAACAUCACUUACGUAAAUACAUGAAAUAGCUGCACUAAAAGCAAUUACUUAUCAGUAAGUUGCUUCUCAUCAGAAUAAUUGUUGCAAAUAAGAAAUUAGAUAAUGCAAUAUGUGAAAACAUCAGAAAAAUCCACAAAAUACGAUAGAAGAAAAAUCUCAUAUAAGAAAAAUCUCAUAGAUCAGAUAAAGUUAAGCAAAUCCACCACAGGCUUUGCUGAAUAAGAAUUAUCUUGCAGUGAUAAGGAACCACAAAGAUGUAGUUGUUCAUGCUACCAGGGGAAGGUUGUGCCACUACUGAGAACACCCAUAUUCUCAGUCUUCUUCAGAACCUUUUUGACAUAGGCUGCUUCCAGACAGUAAUUUAUUGUGGAAUUAGUGCUGCUCAUGCAUGCUAAUUUUUUCAUGCAUUCCACGUGACAUUAAUGUCAAAACAAUCCCAGCCCAUACUCCCCUCACUUUAUAAACUGGAUUUUCACCACCAUAGAAAAUCAUGUAAGUAUUAUACAUCUGCAGCCACUAAUGGCGUAGAUGCUUGUUAGUGCAUUUUUUGGAUGAGUGAUUUCUUAAAUAUAAAAUGCUGUUUCAAUAGGUGACCUGUAAUUCCGGACCCCUAUUUCUGUUUAUCCCAAACCUGCACACAAGCUAGCCACCCAGAGAAUUUGAGUGUAGCUGUUUUCAUCAGUGCUGUAACCUGAUGAGGAGGAACACUUGCAGUAUUGCCUCAGACUGCAUAUACAAUCACUCUUAUUUCUUCCUUGCCUAACCACAGAGAUCUUCCACAAGCAGUAAUUUUUUUUAACCCAACUCCUUCAUUUUGCCCACUGUGAAAUAAGGCUGGCAAUAUUUGCUCUUGAACACUACUCGGAAAUUUGGAGCAAUGUGCAACCGAAGCCUUCUGUGCCCCAUCUCACACUAUUAGAUGGUCUCCCAGCUCUCUUAUGUAAAAUCUGGAUCCAAAACCAGUAACCCUAAUCCAGUUGGGUUUGUCAUGCUGAUUUCUGAGGGGCUCCUGGCGAAGUGGGGUGGUGGGUGGCACAUAGCUGUCACAGCUGAGUAAUGACUGAAGAGGAUGGACAACCUAGUGGAUACUGUGAGCCAGUCCUCCACACAGAAGUCAUGACAUCAUUCUUGUUUAAUUCACAAUGGAUUAAUUAAGAAACUGGGUUGCCCUUUCUGGUUGCAAAAAGAUACUCCUAAUUAAGUUCCAACAUUGCCUGCGGAUCUUUGAAGGUGGGCCUAUAGGGAAGGUCAUAUCAAGUGAAUAUAGUAGUAAGUUUGUUUCCAGGAAGACCUCCCUCUGCUACCAAGAAACUUCAUAAGGCAGCAAGCAGUUUCCCUCCACAUGUCUCCUUCACACCUGUACAGCUCAGUGCUCCUAGUAAUUGGAUAUGCUCUUUCUGUAAUGGCACUACAAGGCAAACACACUUAUAAGAAAAAAAACCUCAUGCUGUGGGUAUUUUUAGACUGAAUUUGAGUUAUAUUUUGCUUUCCUUCAUGGCUCAAAGCAGCUUGCAACUUUAAGGUAUUACCAUCGAAAAUGAUUCCAGAGUAAGCUACAAAAGAGUUACAAUAAACUUUGGACCACCAGGGGGGAAAAUAUCAAGAGUUGUAUCUAGCAUUGCCUGUGCAGAGUUGCCCUCAUGUAAUGGAGCUUCUUCCUGCCCCCCAAUCUCCUGAGCUUCCUCCCACUUUCUGGAACAGAUGGAGGGUGUGUGGAGGCUGCAAGGGAAAGUUCUGUUAGACAAGCAGAAGUCUGCUCUGUUAGUGGAACAACAAGUGUUUGACAUGGCCCCAAAUCUACAGGAGGCAAAGACCUUCCUUAGGGCCAACCAAAAGACCACAAAAUAGUGGUCAAGUUUCUGAGUUCUGUAUAGCAUUUCAUGAUGCUGAAUGUUAAGCAGAAAAAGGAGUAAGAAAAAAGUUGGCAUGAUAAUAUUGCCAUGAAAUUUGCAAUUAUAACAGCCUUAGAGUUCUGCUGACUUAUUUGGAUUAGCCUCUGCUAACUGAUUUCAGGUUACAUCAGUGGUUGCUGGGAAAGAAAAUGUCCAUGACUGUUAGGUUCAAGACCUUUUUCAAAAAAUAGCACUAUCUCCAACAUUAGGCAUAACACAUGCAUGUUCCCUGUGAGAUAAAAUGUAGAAGUGAAAAAGAGAAACAAAGUAGUUUUAUAUUAAAACUAUAGAUUAAUUUUAGGUGCUGCAUCAGAUAUAAGCAAGUGCAGUUUCCGUUCACUUAUUCUAUUACUUAGCAACUUGUGGAUAUGAAACCCCUGCAAAAGGUAUGGUUCUAUAAGCAAACAUAGGAAUCAAUAAUAGUAAAACCAAAGAAUAUUCAAAAUUAUUUAGGAAAGUUCUACAUCUCUAAAUUUUAAAUGUUAAUAAGUUUUGGCUAAUCUAUUUGUUUUAGCGGAUGGGUGCUUCAGCAACAAGCAAUUUCCCCUUAUGUUUUGGUGAGAGGUGGACAGGUUAAUAUUUCAGCUGAGUUCAGAUUCUCUCCAUCUUGUUUCCUUUUUUCCUUUCUAGGUGUGUGAUCUGUAUGAUGGACUUUGUUUACGGGGACCCUAUCAGAUUCCUGCCAUGCAUGCAUAUUUACCACCUGGACUGUAUAGAUGACUGGUUGAUGAGAUCUUUCACGUGUCCUUCCUGCAUGGAGCCAGUUGAUGCAGCACUGUUGUCGUCCUACGAGACUAACUGAGCCAGAGCUUCUCUUCUGACCUGUCAAGGAAACCAUCCACUUUAAAGGGGUUUGAUCCUUUGCCAUCUGCCCAAAGAACCAGGGAUUAGGAAACAAAAUCAUGCACAAUAAAAUCUCAUUUCUUAAGAAUAAAGAAAUAUCCUGAAUAGCAGACAGAGGGAGGGAAGGAAGGAAGAAGAAACACAUUUAUAGACUAUAGAAAAAAUAGGAAGUUAUUUUUAUGUAAAGCCUUGAUCCAGUGCUUACAAAUAGUUGCUCCUUAAGAAAGCCUGUUAGCACACCCAUACAGAAGAACUGUGUGAAUAAUAAAAUAUGUUAAAAAUUAAAUUGUGUGGAUGCAGCCCACCAGGAAGUUUCCUGUUCAAGCUUCUUUGAGAUGAAUGACAAGAAUACUAUGGGGGGGGGUGAGUGUGUGUGUGUGUGUGAGAGAGAGAGAGAGCGCACUAAAAAGGAGAAAGGGAUGCUGGAGUAUCCUUUGUCCUAAAGAAAACUGCAUUUUUUGUUCAGAUUGCUUCACAAGUUCCUGGUAUUUGGGUCAAUGCUCUAUUUACAAAAAAAGCUACAUUUUAUAACACUGGCACAAAAAUAGUUUCAAGCUUGUUUGCACAGUUUUUUUAUUCAUUGGAAAUGGAAUCCAUUUUGCCUUAGAUCUUCUAAAAUAGUGUAUUCUUAUUUUGGGGCUGGCUCUAUGCUUGAAAACCAGUUUAUUUAUAACAUGUUAUAAAAGUGCUAUAUUUUGUUUGCAGUUAGGAUUAUGUGGACUUUGAGAAGAUCUCCUAGCUUGUAAGCAAACUUGAGAUGCACUUUUUUCUAUAUGAGACAUUUUGAUGUGACAAUAUUAAAAGAAAACCAACACAAACCAGUAUUUGCCUUUCUAGUGUUUCCUUUCAUCAUUUUCUUUCUAAACAGAGUGCAGAAUUCAAAUACUAAAAUUGAUCUUACAUUUAUUAAGUUAAAAUGGAGCAUGAUGAAGACAAGAUAAAGAUUACCCUGCAUCUCAAAAACACAAUUUGUUGGGGAUGCAUUCUUUUUAAAAAGUUUCAUCUUGGAUCAUAUAAAAAAAAUACUGCAUCUCUUGUUUUUGUACUUCUUAGAUUCUCAAUACCAUACUGUGUCUCGGUCUCUGUGUAUUAAGUGUACCUUUGGUAUUCUUUUGGUUGGCAUAGCAGUCUGUCGGCAGAUAUUAAAAUAUUCUAUAUUUUAUGUUUUAUAUGCAAAAUUCAUAUUUGGCAAAUAAUUACAUAAAACUGAUCAAGUUAGUGAUCCUACAGCUGGUAAGGGCUGUUCCAAGUAUUUACAUUUAUGAAACUAAAAAGAAAGGUGAUGUGCUUGAUAGAUGCAGUCUUGCAGAGAGGGUAGUUGUAAAAAAAAAUCCACUUAGGAUGUGGAGUUUUGUUCUCUUAAAACAUUCUUUAAUGUGACCUUUAUACUUUUGACUUAAAGCCAAUAUGUUGAAACGUCUUAGUUUAGCAUGAGAUGCAGGCAACGUAUCAAGGACUGUUCUGAUUGUUUUGGCUACAUGAUUCGAAGAAACUGUAUGUAAACAACUACUGCACUGAAGACUAUGUCUACAGUAUAAGCACUGCAGACUGUAAGCAUUCACCUAACAAAUUCCAUCAGUGGAAGCUGUACACAAGGACUUAUGCAACAGGGCUUUCGCCCCUCUCCUCACCCCAUGCUUCCUGAAAUUGGCUCUGGAUGUGUGUCAGGAGACCCCCCAGAACAGCAUGCAAGGGGAGGAGAGGGAGGCUUCUUCCAUCUGGCAAGCUGAAAUGCUUGGGCUGAUGGUAAGAUCAGAAGAGCACAAUGUGGAAUUCCUCCCUCAAUGCUAUAGAAUAGAGCAUUUACAUGUAAAAUAAUUUCUACAGGAUUAGUUGGCAGAUUGCAAAAGUAUCCACUAACCUGUGGAAGAUGCUGUAUAAGACACUGUAGACUAUUUCCAUUCAAAUGCCUUCCAUAUCCCAUGGUGUGUAGUGGUGUAUACACAGCACCUAUGCAAGCAGCCUUUCCUAUUUGUUUUGUUGGACAAGGCAGACUCGGGCAUACUCCAAAUUGCCCUUGUAAGUGAAAAGAACAAAGGCUGGGAGGACUUCAGUGUUUGCAUCAGAAUCGACAUACCUGCAAAAGACUGCUGGAUUGGGAUAGUUGUUAAAGUAUAAAUGGUGCACUGUUGGAAGAAAGUAACUAGCAGUAUACAGUCUUGGGUUGAUUUGCAUUUGUAUUGCAAACCUUUUCCAGUUCCCCUCCUUUAAUUCAGCUAUUCUUAAUUACAGGAAGUAAAUCUGAGAAAGAAAAAUAUGAAGUUGUGCAAUAUUUUCAGUAGUAAAUCAUACUACCUUUCUUAUCAUUCCACCUGUUGUUUUCCAUAUAUGUUGAUGUCUAUCUUGUCAAGUAUUAUAGCCAGACUUUUCUUCUUUUACCUUGGAUUGUUAAAUCGACAAAUGAACACUUUUUAAACACCUUUUUCUUGUUCAUUGUUGUUUGUUCCCAAGAUUUUUUUCAAAAGACAGAGGCAGGGAAUGUUAUGAGAAAGUGAGUUGUAACUGGUUUUCCCAACUUAAUUUCACAAACCUUCUACUUUUUAUUAAGCUAUUUAUUAAAAUAUUAAAGGGUUAAGAUUGUAAGAGACUUUCAAAAGAACAUGCUAAAUACAGAAUUAAGUGCCCUUAAGAGUAAAGAGUUGUGCUUAUAUUUGUGUUGCCUUGUGGCCUUUUACUCAAAUACCAAACCAAUUUUAUAUAAAUUGAUUUUAAACCCUCAUAGUUUCAUAACAUAUUCAGUGCUUUUUUUCUGGGGGAGACGAGAGGUAUGCAUACUCCUAAGUUUGGCCUCACUGAGGGGCAGUAUUUCAAUAUGAAUAGGAAAAUGAGAGUACCCCCUAAACAUUUUUUUUUUAAUAGAAAAGCAGCACUGGAUAGAUUUAAGUUUAACUUUUGUUCUAAAACUCUAUCGUAUGAUCCUCUGGCUAAAACAAACUCUAUUGUAAAUAUGAGUUGUACAUUACAUGGAAAGUAAAUUAUUUCUUUAUAUGCCAUGUUUCAUGGCAAAAUAUCAUUAAAACAACACUGCAAAAUAAAGGCAUUAUAACAUUAUUUUUUUCAUUUUUUUUCCAAAUGGAAAAAAAUGAAAACAUUAUGACAUUAAAACACCAACAGUUAAUGCAAAACAGAGCACCAUAUAUUUAAAAGAACUUGCCUGUUCCUCCAUGAGAACCGCCAAAUUGUGAAUUGGAUCUUUCAAGGGGAACGCAACAAGUUUAAAUAGGUAGAAGUAAAUAUCAACCAUAUUGCAAAGGGGAAUUUGAGGUUGUUUGAAUGCUCUUCGUAACAAAGGAAGACCACUGAAAUUUGACAAAAAUAUUGCAUAAAGACCUGUAAUAGAACAUUGGGUGCGCUAUUUAAUAUGUCAUACCUACUGUAAAAUAAAAAAAAAUCUAAUGGGACAUUAGCAAUUCAACAGACCAUUAAGCUUUCUUUAUUGUUGGGUGUUAAGAGGAUAUGAACAAGGGAUGAAAUUCACAAAAAUCUAUGACAAUUAGGUGAAUCUACAAAAUUUCCCAAAUUAUUCUACAAAAGCUUAUUGUUUUUCAGAUUGUAGCUUAAGCAACAUCGCCUCUAACCUUACGCUUAAGUAUGUAUUAAAUAUGUGUUUAAUACUAUUAGAAGUUAUAAAGCAAUACUCCUGCACAACCUUCAUCAAUUUCAACAGAACAUUCAAGUUUAGUUUAGUUUCCUGAAUAGGCAUAACUUUCAAAAGUUACUUGCCUAUAAGUUCUAUUAAAAACAAUGGAAUUAUGGAACUAUACUGUUACCAUCUUAAACAUCCAAAAUUAAUGGUAAAUUCCACUGAACUCAUUAGGAUUUACUUAUAAAUCUGUAGAUGUCCAAGCUGUCAUUUCCAUUGAUUUCAAACAGUCUCCAAUGCAACAAUUAGGUUUUCCUGAAUGCUGCUGGAAGUCUAUUCAGCAAGAAGGGUAUUUUGAAAAGAAGGGGAGGGAGAGUAUAAGGAAAGACAUGAUACAUACAACAAAAAUACGAAGAACAGCUAGCUUGAUUUUGUGCUUUUUAUAGUUGCACUGUACACAUAUUCUGCAUCCAAUAUAAAGAGUCUUUAGUAUACUGUGUUGAGAAAAGAUUAAUAAUGCCUACUCAGCGAAAAGGUUCUCUGGUAUAUAUUAGUUUUGCAUUGAGAGAAAUCAGCCACAUGUGAAAUCUAUGUUUUCAGUUCUCUACUGAAACUAAAGAAAGGUGAAAUUUGAAAUGACACAAAUCUAUUUGACACACUCCAUAAGAAAGUCCUGCAAGUAACAGAAAUGCAGUAACAAAUUAUCCCCCUACUGUACAACAGAAUGUGUCAAACUUCCUGCCACCUUAAAUCUAUAGUGUGUACAUUGUUUCUGCAAUGUAGCUUCUAACCCUGCUCCAAGAAAUUGGUGACUUCCAGAACCUAUGGGCAUUCUGUAGUACCACAGAGGGGCUGAUCAAUAUGUGCAGUCUUAUUUAAAUAGUAGCCACUGAUGUAGCCAAUCAAUUGUUUGGUAAGAAGGGGAGAGUGAAUCCAGCCAUCUGCCAAAGAGGUCAUUGGUGCUCUCUAAAUUUCUAGCAGACCUCCCCCCCCC